CACAGACAUCCAUUGACCGUUGCUGUGUGUGAUGAUCGUAAGUACGUCUUGUAAAGUGGAGAUUUGUAUUACUGUUUAGAGGGAGAAUUAUUUACAAAACACUCAAAAUUCAUAUUUUAGAAGAACGUUUUCUUCCCUGAGCUGAUGUUUUACUUUGGACAAAGGAUUUUUCACCCAAAAGCCACGUAAACCUCAUCAAAACUUACUAGUAGCGUACUUCCUAAUUCUCUUUUUGUGAGAGAUUCUUGUCCAAUCAUCAGUUCUAAGAUGCAUUAGUUCUCAUUGUGAUGAAAGUAAUAUGGGAACGAAUGUUCACGAGGAAGUAGAUCGGCUGACUCAACACGGUCAUACCUGUCUUUCUGAAGGCAACAUAGACGAUGCUUGCUCUGCUUUUGAACGAGCAGCAGCUCUUUCUUCUCACAUCGAGGAAGGAUACACCGAAAGAGCCUGUUAUUUUAACCUCGGAGCUUGUUAUGUAGCCCAAGGGGAUGCCAGGAAAGGUCUAGAGUACUUAAAGAAAGCUGUUCCACCAGACAAAGACAGCGAUGGAUGCGCUAACUAUGCAGACCUUCAUUACAACUUGGGCUUAGCUUAUGAUGCUUUAAACCUACUUCAAUCUGGUGUUGAAUGCUACGAAACCGCAUUAAUGGAGUAUAAAAAUCAAAAUAAUCAAGAAAUGCAAGCCGAGACGUUAAACAAGCUAGCAGUUGAUUGUUCAGCUAUCGGAGAAGCUAAAAAGGCCGCAGAUUAUUUCGGAGAUGCUGCUGGGGUUUAUAAAGGUCUUGGCGACAAGAAGAACGAAGUGCUGGCUCUCACAAGCCGUGCUAGUUUAUUGGGGCUCUUAAAAGAGAUCGAUGAAUGUGCAAAAACAUUGACGUUAGUGAUUGAACAAUGUGAAGACUUGACUGACCAAACACUACAAGGUAAAAUCUACAAUGAUCUUGGUCUCCUAUACAAUGGCCUUAAAUCAUACAAGCAUGCAGCAGAAUGCUUUGAGAUUGCCAUUCCUCUCAUUAGUGGUGCCAGUCAAGAGAAGGAACUUGAAGCUGUUCUGCGGCAAAAUCUUGGAGCUGUUUAUAACCAGUUGGGUCAGUACAGGAAAGCUCUUCAACAUCAUAAAAUUGCUGGUAAACUACAUGGUGAACUGGGCAGCAGAUCAGCUGAAGGUCAAACAUUCUGUAACAUGGGAUUUGCCUAUAGUCAGUUAAAAGACUAUGAAAAUGCUAAAGACAGAUUUUCUCAAGCAAUACAAGCAUCUAUUGACACCAAUGACACAAGAAGUCACUGGCAGGCAAGUGAAGGACUUGCAGCAGUUUAUUUCCUUCAAGGGAACUACAAAAAGGCAGUGGAGAACUAUAAAAUUGCACUCGGUUUGUUGUCAUCUUCAGGGGACAUUACUGCUGAGCAUAACGAGCGCAUAGUAAACAAGCUUGCUGAUGCAAUGAAGUUUCAGUUAGCACAAGGAAAGUCAGAUAAUUGGCAGAAAAAUAGCAGCUACAGAAGAUCAAAGGGUUCUAAGAAAAGCCCACAGAAUGGCAAAGAUGAGCUUGACAUGGAGAAAUCUUACAAAAGAGUUGGUAAAACCAGAUUAAGGAAAGAGAAUCAUAGACUUAUCGCACAUGGAUUAGCUGGGCAUGACAUAACUGAAUCUGAUGAACCUGAUUCUUCAAGCAACAGUAGUGACUCUGAAUCUGAUGCUGAAUUUAAAGGAGAACAAGCAAGAUAUGUUUCCACUCCAAAAGAAAAGAAGAGAAGAGAACGGAGAGAAAAGAAGAAUUUGACUGGCAGUAGGCCGGAGCUUCUCCUGUCAGGGCCUUAUCAGAAAUUGAUUAAAAACCGGAGAUCAAGUGCAGAUGAUAAUAAUGAAGCAUAUGAAGAACCUGUUGAUGAUAAUGUCGCACCUUCACCUUCAAAGGAAAGAAUCCCCAAAGCUGAUUACUCUGUGGAAAUGCCAAGAGCUUACCGAGAAGCUUAUCUGGCAUCUAUUGCUAAUUCAUCCCCAGAACACAGUAGAGAAGUAAAACGGGUAUCAUUAGAUAAACAACCACACACGACAAAAUCAAAAACCUGUGUUAUCCAAUGAAUAAGUUCUGCAGCUUUUUAUCUAGUAUAUAGUUAUGCAGCUAUUGGACCUUAAAGAAUUUUACUGGGCCCGAAUGUAUGAAGGGUGUAUAGCUCUAUUCAAUGGAUAAAUCUUAUCCAGUGGAUAAAUUUAUUGGAAAACAGCAUUGACUUAUCCACUGGAUAAGGUUUUAUCUAUUGGAUAGUGCUAUUCACCCUUCAUACAACCGGGCCCAGGUGUGUAGAAUUGCUGGCAUGAAAAUUGACUUUACUGAGCAGAAGUAACAUGGAAAAUCUGUUAUAUUUGUUUAAAGAGGUUCGCCAGAGUAGGGAUUACCUUGUAAAGAGGGAGGCAUGGAGGCAAGACAUCAUUUAUCGCUUAUUACCUGGUAAAAAAUUAACAAUAGCACCUUGUGCGGUAGUAAGAAGGGUUCUUGUAUGAGUGAUAAAUGAUCUGAUACUAACAGCAAAUUUGUAGUUAGCAUCUUAACAUAACUGUAGUGCAUGCUAAACAAUGGAAAAACCAUUUUAGUGCUAUAGCAUGUCUUACCAAGUACAUACACGUAAGUCAGUAUCAUAUUUGCCUGGCAAAAAAAAAAUAAUUGUGACACAUCUAAUUAUCCAUUCACUAUUGUCAACUUUAUUGGCAUGGUGGUUUGGUCUACAUGUCUCCAUUUUGCUCUAAAUCUGAUGUACAUACAGUCAGAACAGUCAACCAAAAAAGUUGGUUUCUAUUUUUAUACAUACAACUUAAAAUAUAUAUACUUAGUUUUUAACAUUUAUAUAGUACAGAAGUUAAAAGAAUUGGUUUAGUUUUUUCUAUUCUUAAGUACUAAUCCUUAUAAAUUUGAAAGCCCUGUUUUUGUACCAAAAAACAUUUGGACCUUUGUUGGCCAAGAAUGCGUAGAUUGCUUGCAGUUUAAAAAUAUCCAUCUUCACCAUCUACGUAACGCAAGUCAUAAUUUUCAAUUUUUUCCACUUUGGAAAUCAUUUUCAAAGUUUCAUAAUUUUUUUCAGUAGCCAGAAAUGCUGUGUAGUGUUGAAGCAAGGCCAAAAUGAAUAAAGAAAAUUGCAUUUCCAAAUAAAUUUAUUUGCUACAAACCUAAACCUUUUAUGAUUAUCAUUUUGUAUAUUUCAAUGGUUAAUAUGUACUGUUUAAAAAACGAGCAGGAGUGUUUUAUCAGGUAUGAAACACGAGGCGCAGCCAAGUGGUCUUAGACCCGAUAAGACACGAUCUGCGAGUUUAUUAAACGGCUUAGAAAACUCAUGAUGUAUGUUCUCAUAUUGUACAGAAUACUUUACGAAAUGAACCAAGUUUGAUAGAGAAAAUCCAAGUUAAAGUUUAUGCAAGUGAAGAUGAAUCUAUAUCAGAUAUAAAGUCACCUUCAUGGUCAUGAUUUCUAUUGUGUUUUCUUCAUGAAUUAUUAAUGAGUUUUCUAAUAUUUCUUUAGUCAAAUUAACUUCAGCAUUUUAGAGUGAUUUUCAUAAACUCAUGAAACAGAUACCAUUAGUGUGUAAUAGUGAAAUGAGAACAAAAUAACACCAUGGAAUUAGGCUCUACUAAUUUGUGUGUAUUUCAUGGGUUUAUUUCAUGGGUUUAUGAAAAACCACUCUACAUUCUAGCAUCAAUGUUAUGAUAUAAACCAGUUGUAGUACAAAUAGAUUCACACAAGUCUUAUUAUAAAAAAGCAGUUUUAUUUGUUGUUUCUUCUAGUACUGUACAUUCUAAAUAAAAAAUGGUAAUGAGUA